AUGCUUUUGGCAGCCGAUCGUCAUGCUUCAAUAGAUAUUGAUAAAUUAGUUGGAUGGCUUUUGGCUCAAACAGAACAAAUUGGAAAUUCCCCUGAAAGUUUCUUUAUCAUUGAUGUAAAUGAUCAUGACGAAUAUCAACGAUCGCAUAUUACCAAUGCAUACCACUAUGAUCGAAUAAUGUUGGCUCGUUUAAUCUACGAAACUCCUGUGUUAGCAGAAGCUCGAAGCGAAGGCCAUCUAUUGGUUAUAUAUGGUCGAGAGAGUGAACGCGUCGCCAAUGUUCUUUUUCAGCGAGGAUUCAAAACCGUUCAUCUUCGUGGAUCCAAUGCUUCUUUCAAAGAGCAAUAUCCAUGUCUUUUUGAGCCUACUAUCGACAUUGUAAAGUUAAAGGAAAUCUACGAAGCAAAAAAAAAUCGAGUUUAUGGAGGUCGUCUUUGGCGAAGCACUUCGGCGAGCCGCCUGAAAUCAGUUGGGCAUUCCGAACGAGCCGAAAAAUCCAAACGAUUAUCAAAUUCUAACGUUCAAUCACAACGAAAACCGUGGCAUUAA